GUGAACUUCACACCUCUUCCCACUCUUUCCUUCACGCCACCAUCUGCGAUAACUUUUAUUAUCUUCCCUUUCCAUACGCUACCGUGAUACCUUCCCAACCAUGCGCUCAACUCGCACCUUACUCAGCGAUGUUUCCGAGAGGAGUGAAGAGUCUUCUAACUGUUCGACUAGUGAAAUUACUUCACAGCACACAAACUCCAAUCCAGGCCUCGAAGUUGAAGAACCUCGCCAAGUCCCAUGUAUUGAUAUCGAACCAAUAGAUGAAACGCCCUUUUCUGAAUCGUUUUCCGGCAUGCUUGACCAUGGCGACUUCAAUACCACAAGUUUCAGAUUAACCAAUGACAUGAGCUACAAUCUUGAUCAAAUAACUGACAUCCAGGAGGUCGAUUCUGAUUGGGACGACGAUGAUAUUGAUGAAAUUGUCGUAAUUUCUCGAAAGAGCGAGGUUAACAAGCCAGCCGCCCAUAAAUCAUAUCCGACCAAGUCCAUCGCCAUCAAUACUCGCGACCGUAAAAAACUUCUCGACAACGUCUUUUCGCUUUCCGAGUUUGAUUUCAUCGACAAUAUGAUAGACUUUCGAGAAGCUACCUAUGGCACACACGCUAUCCGAAAGUGCGAUACCAACCGAGUCUACAUCAUGAAAGCUUUUCCUGCAACUCCGUCUCUCAAAUGGCCGUUAGAGCUGCGAUUACUAGAAAUGCUCACAGAGCAAGCUUGCUCUUUCCUUCCAUGUAUCCUUCGCAGGAUCUUUGAGCAUCAGACGCUUUUCAUUCUUCUAGAGUCGUAUCCAGCUGGAAGUAUGCUGGAAUAUGUACUGCAAGAAGGCGCGUUGGAUCCAGACGAAGUGUUAUUCUACAGCUCCGAAAUAGCUGAAGCUAUUUCCGUUCUUCAUGACGCGAACAUCGAACACUGCAAGAUCAAUCCUGCAAACGUGAUGAUUGGCGACGAUGGUCACCUUGUCCUGACCAAUUUCGAAAUCGCCAGAGUCGACGGCAUCAAAUCCUCAGGAGUUGAUCAGAACCAGAAUCAGACUCUUCGGGAUUGUGAGUAUCGGGCUCCAGAAGUCCUUCUUCGGUGGGAACACGACAACUCAGUAGAUUGCUGGGCUUUGGGGUGUUUGAUAUAUUUCAUGACUUAUGGCAAACAUCCCUUUCCCCUGAUUGCUUUCGAUCAAGCGCAAGUGUACAAACAAGUCCUACGUGGCGGUUCCUCAACUGUCUAUAACGAUGGUCGAAUGGAGUCCUCUGCUCUAGAUCUAAUGCUCAAAUGUCUAGAACGCAACCCUCGGUUACGCCCUGACAUAGAAGCGAUCAAGCAGCACGAGUACUUCAUUUCAAUCACAUGGUCAAUCAUUCGAAAAAAGGGCAUUAUCGCCCCGUACAUUCCUAAUUCUUCGAAUCCUGUAGGAGCCCCUCUCCACGAUGUACAAAGUCCCCGCGAAGAAACCGAUCCAGCUUUCGUUCAAACACCGAGCAAUUGGGAGCUUCUGAAGUCUGCUUCUUCGAAAACAUCAAUUUCCUCCCUUCAAGCAAGGAAUAGUGUUCAAGAUAUUUUACCUACGAUAUUCCGUUCUCCGUCUCUAGACGAACUCAAGAUGAAGUCUAAUCAAUCACGACUGGCAGAAGAUCAUUCGGCCUCGCCUCAAAAGUCAUUUAUGAACCGCAUGUCCUCAUACGAAUCUCUCCAGCGUAGUCCUAUCGUCAAUAAACUAACUCAGCAAGAACGUCUGUCGCUGUUCUGGGAAUCAUUGGACAAAGAUGUCAACGCAGACCCACCGAAACCUGCGCGCGUUUUAGGUAUCCCUGUGUCUUCCUCCGAAUCUCAAAUUCAAGAACCUCUGAGUCAAGUUUCAAGACUGCGUCGACAACGCUCGUCAAUCAUCACCCAAACCAAUAAUCGACUAUCUCAACUUAUGGCUACACAUAACAAACUACGCAAACUCCGACGCCCAAAGAGCACUCCGGCUUUUACCCAUCCCGACGUAAUCAUGAAAAGUGGCACUAAGAUCGAUGAGUACGAGUUACCCAACGGUAUCAAGCAAAUCGGGAGUGGGAUUGGCUUCACGUAUACGGUUCCAGCUGCUGCUAAGUCAAAAUCUUCUAUAUGUACUCCUACAAGUAUUCCACGACGGUCACAUUCUAUCAUGCCUUCAAUCGGAGUGGGUAUAGGACUUGGAUUGCGGAAUUUUGGUGGUGGCAUCUUGCGAACCAGAUUGAGGCGGGAAGGGCAUGUCGACCCAGACCUUGGUCGUCAGGAUCAUCAUACUCGAUUUUACAACCCACAAAAUACUGGGAUGAAUUCAGUGCACGAGGAUGUCACGGCAGAGGUGGAUGCAGAGCAGCAGGACGUGUUUCGCUAUGGUUCGACAUGGAGUUUAUUACCUUCAGAAGCGUGCAAGUGUACAACGCUAUCUCCUUGUUUGGACCAAAUCUCUCCUGUUACCGCAACGGAUUCGACCGUUUAUUCACCGAUGUCGAAUUUCUGACUUUUAUUAUCCGAGUCUGAAAAAAGAGGAAAAGAGGGUGAAUUCGAGACGGAGGGUGUAUGAUAAGAAUUUGUAUGCCAAGGUUGACGUUGAGACUUCGAAUCUGCACGGUGGGUAUUCCGUAAAUUUGAGUCUUGACGCGACGUACGGGUUACGGAGAGAGAUAGAGUUGUUUCGAGAAGUUGACACCACAAGGAAGU